AUGGGUGGGGUGGGGGCGGACGCGCGCGAGACGACGCCGUUGGCGUCGUACGUGCACGGCGACGUCGUGUUCGCGCGCGCGUCGUCGCGCGCGACGGAACCGCUCUGGCCCGCGGUCGUGGUCGAGCCGUGGGACGCGCCGGAGGGGGUGCGGAAGCAGUGCGAGCCGGAGAGCGUGUGCGUGAUGUUUUUGGGACCGAGCGCGACGCGCGGACGCGCGCGGGACUACUGUUGGGCCACGGAGGAACGAUUAGCGCCGUACGCGCGGGCGGAGGCGUUGUUUGCGCAGAAAGUGGCGAAGCGUAUGCGUCCGAACGCGUUUAACGAGGCGUGCGCGGAGGCGAGGGAGUUGGUCGAGGCGAACGGGGGAGACGCCAGCCUCGGGCCGCGCGCGUUUAUAGGGGACGAAGAGGACGAGAAUCUCGGUGGGGGUCGUGGAGAUCAGCGCGAUGGUUUGACGUCGAGCGCGUCGGUGGGGUUCCCGGGCGUUCCCGUGGGGGCGUUGAAGAACGUGAAGAAAGCGGAGCCGGAAAUCGCGUGCGGUUCGUGCGGCGUCACGGGCGAUGAGGGGUUGAAAUCGAAAAACGCUCAAGGACGGUGCUCGCUGUGUCAAAAGCUGUACAAGGAGGGGCAGUUUUGUCCGGUGUGCGAUAGGGUGUGGCAAUGGGCGACUGGAGAUCCCAUGGUGGGCUGCGAUAGGUGCGACAUGUGGAUCCACCGGGAGUGCGACGCGCUCGCAGCAGAGGUAUUAGAUAGAGAAGAGAACGACGGUGAGGAGCUGGCUUACGAGUGUCCGAAGUGUAGAACGAAGACACCGGCGCAGAUUGCAGAGGAAGAGCGUCGGGCGGAGGCAGCGCGCAUCGAGGCCAAGCGUAAGGCUGAGAUAAAAGAGCGCAAGCGUCUGGAAAAGCUCCUGGCCAAGCCUCGCGUCGGGCGCCCCUCCAGGGCUGUGAAAGAGGCGCGAUUGGCGCUCAAACGCCUGACGAAAUCAUCCCUUUCGUUUUCACCGGGCAUCAAGUCUCCUCAUGCGGUGUCGAAGAAGCAGAACACGGUACCGAAGAGGCCGAAGAGUUCGUGGCAACUCUUCGCGCAGGACUUUUUCCAAAACUACAAGGAUGAAAACGUCGACGAUACCAUGGACUUUGCGGAGAUCUAUCGCAUGCAAGGAGCGGCGUGGCGAGAUUUGCCGACAGAAGAGCGCGAACGCUACGAAGAUCUCGCGAGAGAGGAGGCGGGUCGAUUCCGUGAGUUGAUUAUGGAGAUGUACGAGAACGGAGAUCUCGACGAACAGCAGCAAAAACGUUACGAUAAAGUUCUCCACCCGGAGCGGUACGAAGCGGCGCAGCGAGCGAAGGCGGAGCGAGGGUCAAUCGAUGCGAACCGUGCGGCUCGUCGCUCGAAGGCUGGGGAGAUUUCCAAGUUGACCGGCGGUAGUGACUUGCCGGCGACGCUCGCCGUGGUGUGUAACGGUGUAGCGGCGGAUUACUACACGCGUCUCAAUCAAGUGCUGUGCCAGUGUUCCGAGUGCGCCGGGGAGCAGAAAUACAUGACACCGACGGAAUUCGAGAAACACGCGGGCAUGGCUCAGGCGAAGAAGUGGAAGGCGUCCUUGCGCAUGGUUGAGCCGGCGAAGAUGCCCAUUGGUCGUUUCUUGGACGGGAGCGAUUUCAACGCGCGCCGAUCGAGCGAGGAUGACGGCUCGACCUUGGACUACGACGUCGUCAAAGUGAGCUGGAGUGUCGAUCGCUGCGCUGUAUGCGAUGAUGAACGUGAUUUCGAUUACGACCAGCUCAUUACGUGCGAGGCGUGUGCCGUGACGGUUCAUCAGUCGUGUUACGGCGUCCCCGAUAUCCCCGACGACACCGUCGGAUGGUUGUGUCGCGCGUGCGAGCACACGGGCGGCGCGGUUAGUGAGACACCGCUGUGUUGUCUGUGUCCGGUUGAGGGCGGGGCUCUCAAACCAACGACGAUUCCUUCGCUCUGGGCACACAGCGCGUGCUGUCAGUGGAUUCCAGAGACAACGGUGCUCGACAUCGAGCGUAUGGAGCCGAUUGACAACAUCGCAAACAUUCAAAAAGAACGUUGGACGCUUCUUUGCACGGUUUGCAAGCAACGUAUGGGGGCGAAAAUUCAAUGCUGUCACCCGGGCUGCUACAUCGCGUACCACCCGCUUUGCGCACGCGCCACUGGCUUGUACAUGGACGCCAACGACGACGGCGAAGACGAUGACUCGCCUCUGCAGUUGCUGUCCUACUGUCACAGGCACUGUCGCGUCGAUACGGAGCGAGCGCAAAUUUAUGCAGGCGAUAAAGGUCUUCGAAUCGGUCAAGACGGUCGGUUGAUUCAGUGCGGGGCGAACACAGAGCGAAAACGAACAAAGGCAGAAAGGCGCGCCGCACAAGAAGCCAAAGAGCGCGAAGAAGCCGCAGUUCAAAUCGCUGAGGAGUCUGAGCUGAGCUCAGACUCCGAAUACGAUUGGACGCAGUGCGCCAAGUUCCGCACGUACGUUCCCGUCGGCCACCCAAGGACGGAGGCCGACAUCAAGGAUGAUGACGAAGAUGUCCCUGGAUCGGCAGCCAAAAAGAUUAGAGUCCGCAAGCGCGUCUUGCACGCUGACGAAGACGAUGAUGCCGACGUCGACGAUCAGGGCGACGACGACGACGACGACGACGACGACGACGACGGCGACGACGACAAAAUCGUAGAGUGCAUGGAUACGGAUAAGGUUGACACGACGAGCGUUAAAACUAACCCUGAAGCCCCGGUCGCGAUGGAGCUCGACACGGAUGACGACGAUCUGUCCACCGACCUCGACGUUAAGUACAAAACCGAGCCGACGGACCAUGAAGAAGACGAUCCUGUUGCCGACUCUGAAUUGCCCACAAAAGUAGCGAAGGUUGAGGUGGACAUCCCACGCGGCGAAUCAAGCAAGAGAAAGGCCGAUGAUCUUUCAGAGAGCUCACCGAAGAGCACGACGUUUGGGUUGCCAAAAGAAUCAGCACCGGCUGCUACAAGUCAAAACGCGGCGCAACCGUGUUUGCCUGGUGGAUUACCGGUGCCAGAGGGAAACGUUCCGCGACCAGAACUUCCCGAGACGCUCGUUCGAUGCAAAACGUUUAGGGGAAUCUUCAGACCUGCCGAUACGUACAUCAAGUGCCUGUGCGGUAGAUGUAAGCGGGAGGCAGAGUUAGCGAAGCGCGACGAGCCGGCACUGUGGGAGGCGAACAGGUGGGAGGCACACGCGGGAAUGAAGCACACCAAAAAGUGGAAAAUCUCGAUUCGAAUCGCCAAAGAGGAUGAAAACGAAGACAACGAUGAUGAUCAGACGUUUGGUGACUGGCUCGACGCACACGGUGUCGUUGUUCUCGCGAACAAGGACAAAGCCGCUCGAACAACGCUCAAUCCCCCAAAGCCAAAGAAACUGAAGAAGUUGCGAGGAACGAGCGCACUGAAGGAUCUUGGCUUGGGAACCUUUGAGGACGAUAAGUUGGGCGACCGAAGCGAAGAAAAGACGAAAGCGCACGCCCUGGUCGGGCGACGCGUCCAGAUUGAUCACGGUACAGUUCACAUACCGGACUGGAGGGACGGAUCCAUCAUGGACUGCACGAUAAGUCGCACGGGCAUUCGUUACAAAGUCAUUUUCGAUGAUGGCACAGACCAGCUCAUGUCCUUCACUCGCGCCGCACAAAAUUUAAAGUUUCUUGAUGGUGAAGCUCCUGAUCUUACCUUCUUACCAGAGGCGCCAAAAGCGAACGAAUCGAGGAACACGCAGGCGGAGACACAGAUCGCCAUCGCCAACGCACAGUACACUUCGGCGAAACGUCCAGCGGACCCCUCGGAUCGUGCUAAGAUCGCAGAUCUCGCUCGUCCGAAGAAACCCCGCGAAAAGGAAGCGUGGGUCCAGUGCGAAAAUGCUUCUUGCGGCAAAUGGCGACGCGUGCCUCAAAGUUUCGCAGAAAAGCUAUCCGCAGACGACGCCGACAUGUGGACGUGUCAGAAGAAUCCCAUGGCUGCGUACGCCGUAUGUUCCAUCCCACAAGAGUUUGAGGAUGACGAAAUCGAUCGCCGUAUCGCUCUUGGCGACGACGCACCGUAUAUGGAGGGCUCGGAUGACGAAGAAUCGGACGAUGACGAAGACGCCGUUCGCACACAUGUUCCCGAUGAUUUGCCGGCGAUGGUGAGCGUCGUUUGUCGAGGCGUCCUGGGCACGUAUCACGUUCAAACCAGGCGCAUCGAAUGUCUAUGUAGAGCGUGUGUAGAUAAUGAUGACGGACCAGUCUAUCAUGAGAGAACAAAAUUCGAGGCGCACGUCGGCUUGAAGGGUCCAAAGAGGUGGGCGCAAACAAUCAGAGUCGUUCUCAAUAAUCGAACGUUGAUCAGUCUUGGCAAAUGGCUGGAAACGUGGGGCUGCGAGGUUCGCCGUGAGAAGGCGGCGAUCGACUUAUCGGCGACUGCGCUCAGCCAUCACAGCAAACUCACGCGCAAGCAGCUCGAAGAGAUCCAGGCGAACGUUUACAAAAGACUGGGCCUGGAUAAGCACGAUAAGAACGCCAAGGUGACUGGCCCUCCGCCGAAGACUGGAAAACGUCUCUACGUCGAACUCACUCCGUAUAUCGUGCGAGGCUCACGCGGCGCGAUCAAAGGCGAGCUGAUAGCUUCGAAGAAGUACACUCCUGACGAGUUUGCGGCGCUCCAAGCCGAACGUAAGGCUCGAGGAUCUGCCGGGGCGUCUGAGGAUAAAAUCGUCGAGCAGCAAGGAAUGACGAUGCGCGAAAAGCUCGAGCACAUGACGGCAACGUACUCAGACAGGCUUACCUUUUGCAAGUCAAAUAUUCAUGGGUGGGGUCUUUUGGCGAAAACGGCCCACAAGGCUGGCUCCAUCGUCACCGAGUUCAAGGGCGAGACGUGCAGGAGCACAGUCGCGGAUAUGCGCGAGACUGCGUACGAAGAAGAAGGCGUCGAUUGUUACCUACUGAAACAAGACGACGACACCGUCGUCGAUUGUACAUUUCAAGGUAAUUUAGCGCGCUUUACCAACCACAGCUGCAACCCGAACAUGUACUCUAAGAUCGUCAAGGUGGAUGGCGAAAAUCAUAUCAUAUUCUUUGCCCGAAACGACAUCAAAGCUGGCGAAGAGCUGACGUACAACUACAGAUUCGAGAGCGAGGACGGCAAGGUUCCGUGCUACUGCGGCGCGCACAACUGCCGCGGCUAUCUGUGCUAG